AACCGCCUGGCGUUACGUCAGACCCGGGCAAAAACCGCAGGGCAAGCAAGUCGGAGUCUGAGGAGCUAGGCAUUGCUGCCAAACCAGGGUUAAGGCUGCUCACUCACAGCUCAGCGUUCAAUGUCAUUAAAAAGGAACACUUUUAAACCGCGGCAGCAUGUGGUAAGUCAAUUUUUCUCUGAUUCGUUUUUCCAGCCGUUGGGAUUUUUUUUUUAUACCGUUUUCACUCACAUGACACUUUGACCAGUUGUCUCUGGCUGGCAUAAUUGCGCAAAAACUGCGGUAACACCGCGUUUUGGAGAUUGUUCAAAAGUAGACUAACAAACGUUCAGCCACUUUGAAACCAACAUGACAUGAUGAUGAGGCACCCAAGCUUUUCAACAACCACUUGCAGAGAUUUUUUCUUCAUUUUUUAAAUUUGAUUAUUGAUCAUUUCAAAAACAAACAUGCCUCAUGCUCGAAAUAGGAACCCUAGCCCCAUCCCUGAGGUAACAUGGGAUACGGGAUUGAAGGAGAUGAACGAAACUUGGAAGGGAGCUAUUGCCUGUCUCGGGGUGGCAGUCUUUUUCGUCAUGACCAUUGGGAUCAUAUACUGGCAAGUGGUGGAUCAGCCUAACAAGAACUGGAUCCUAAAGGGGAGUUAUAGCGGGCUUAUCUGGGAGAGACGGACUCACUCUCUGGUCAUACAGACACUGACAGAAGACAAGACCUACGUGGAGAUUGACGUGGGCAACGUGGGGAACCCCGAUAUUGAAGUGCCGUUUGUCAGGAACCUGUGCUGGCUCAAUAAGACGGAGUUCUGCUACACAUGGGAUUCGGUGGCGGACGUUAAAAUCUCUUUGGAGGUGAAUGAGGCGACGGAGACGGAGUGUUAUAGCAUGACAUGGUCGCCGGUGCACUGUCAUGUGGAGCUGAAGGACUGCUUCUCCAUGGCUAACAUGUCGUGGUACGGUGGCGCCAGCGUCCAGAACCAGAGCUGGCCAAUCAACGAGCAGAAUGUCACCAUGCAGCCGUUCACUGUUAGCAACCUCAGGGACAACCCGUCUGGCUUUGGCUCAGUCCUCGAACGCUACUUCCUGGGCUCGUCAGCUAACUUUUAUCAAGACACCAAUGUCAACUGGAUUCCCCCUGUGAAGAUGAGGAAUUCUGCAGCAGCAUCAGUUUCUACUUUUACUACGUUGUCCUUUUCCAGAUAUGAAAGGAGACAUCCCUCAAUUAUACGAGAUGGUUGUUAUAUGCUGUGCUUUGGUUAAUCUGAAUGAUUCUGUUGUGCAAUAUGAGUAGAGCACCUUCACCUUGUCUUCAUGACAAAAUAAGCCAUAUAAAUAGAUAAAAUGUCAUUUGGAACAACAUGUAAAAGACUUGUUAAUGAUAUUGUAAAUUCACUGUACUUUAAUAAUAGGCUAUA